AUGGCCUCCCUGAGAACCAUUCACGUGGUCCUGCUUCUCCUCGCAUGCGCCGGGUCGCUCGGCGUCUACGGCCACGGAGGUGGCGGCGAUGGCGAGGAGGCACCGACAGGCGUGGACCUUCGCUCCAAGAAGCUCAUUGUUACGAAGGUGCUGUGCCUCGUGAUACUCCUGGUAAGCACCUUCGCCGGCGGCGUCUCCCCAUACUUCUUCCGCUGGAACGAGAGCUUCCUCCUUCUGGGUACCCAGUUCGCCGGCGGCGUCUUCCUGGGCACAGCCCUCAUGCAUUUCCUCCCCGACGCCAACGAGACCAUAGCCGACCUCACGACCAAGACGUACCCCUUCGUCUACAUGCUUGCUGCUGCGGGGUAUCUCCUCACCAUGCUGGGAGACUCCGUCAUCAUUUACGUCAUUGAGAGAAACACGAGCGAGGCGAAGGUGGAGGUGGCAGAAGGGCAGGCCGCGGAGGAGCGAGGUUUCGAUCCUCAUCCGAGCCUCGUGAGGACGAGCUCCACGGGGGAUACAAUUCUGCUCAUUCUCGCCCUCUGUUUCCACUCCGUCUUCGAAGGCAUAGCGAUUGGAAUUGCAGGUACGGGGAGGGAGGAAAACCCUGCUCUGAGCAUGGAGCAUGGAUUAGAAAGCGAUCUUCUGACGAACACCCCCUGCGCAUUAUUUCAGACACCACCGGAGACGCGUGGAGGAACCUUUGGACAAUCAGCCUGCACAAGAUAUUCGCCGCCGUCGCCAUGGGGAUCGCCCUCCUGAGGAUGCUACCGAAGCGGCCGCUGGUCAUCACCAUGGUCUACUCCCUGGCGUUCGCCGUGUCGAGCCCCAUCGGCGUGGGGAUCGGCAUCGCCAUCGACGCCACCACACAGGGGCGCGUGGCAGACUGGAUAUUCUGCAUCUCGAUGGGCCUCGCCUGUGGGGUCUUCAUCUACGUCGCCAUCAACCAUCUCAUCUCCAAGGGCUUCAAGCCGCAGCGCCCGAGCAGCGUUGACACUCCUUUCUUCAAGCUCCUGGCGGUGGUCGCCGGCGUCGGCGUCAUUGCCAUCGUCAUGAUCUGGGAUUGA